AUGGACGUGAGCGCGGAGGACUUCGAGCGGGUGCUGCCGCUGCUGCAGGAGCUGGUCCUCAAGGCGGACUUCGUGGGUCUCGACAUCGAGUUCACCGGCCUGCGAUCCAACCUGUCAGAGGCACAGCAGAUCAGUCUGUUUGACUUGCCAGCGGAGUGGUAUCUGAAGACCCGGACGAGUGUCCAGCAGUUUACAAUCUGUCAGAUUGGCUUGUCUGUGUUUUCCAGUGUCAGCGGAGAGUCCAACAAGUAUGUAGCCCAUUCGUGUAACUUCUUUCUUUUCCCUACAACGUUUGGAACUUUGGACUCAGAAUUCUCUUUCCAAGCUUCUAGUGUUCAGUUUUUGAAUCAUUACGGCUUUGACUAUAACAAGUUUCUCAAAAGUGGAAUCCCAUAUAUUAAUGAAGAGGAAGAAAAGAAAAUCAAACGCAACAUCCUGAGUGGGAACUGGAGGGUUCGCAGUUCCUUGGACAAAGACCAAAUCAAGGUGGUGAUUGACAAGGUGACGCGGUGGCUGCACCUGGCAAAGGAAGGCGACUGUCUGACCCUCUCAGGCAUCACUGGGUUCCAGGCCACUGAGGUCCAGUUAGUGCUGCAGCAAGCCCUCCCCAAUGUCUGGUUGGUGCUGAAGGACCACGAGGUGAUGGUGAAGAAAGUGAGUCAGCAGCAGCGCUGGUACCUGGAGAACACUUGUGAUCAAGAGAGCUCGUGGAAGGAGAAGAUUCUUCUGUCUGCGAAGGGCUUUUCUGUCUUUUUCCAGAUGCUGGUGAAAGCGCAGAAGCCUCUGGUGGGACAUAACAUGAUGGUGGAUCUGCUGCACCUGCACCAGAAGUUUUUCAGACCUCUUCCAGUAAUCAGUGUUCCAGAUGGAGAAAUGGGCUUGCAGCAGGAGCAAGGGGAGAGAGCAGAAGAAUCUGACUUGAAGGUAGCUGCCUUUGGGGAAGAGGAGGAACUGAAUUUCCCAAGGGUUUUCAGUCUCUCAGAAGUUUACGAAGUCCUUAACAGUGACCUGAAUCCCACUAACGGCUCUGGACCUGUGAUUGUUCAUGCAAGCAGGUUUGACAAGUAUGUUGAUACCAAGUGUCCGCACGAAGCAGCCUAUGACGCCUUCCUCUGUGGGUCAGUUCUUCUGAAAGUGGCUCACCUACUGCUGCAGAGAGUGCACGGCCACGCCACACUGGAGCCCACCUUCCACCAGUACCUGGAUGCGCUGGCUCCCUACCUGAACCAGGUGAAUCUCAUCCGAGCUGGGGUCCCGAGAGUCAACUUUUCUGGCCCGGAUUAUCCCAGCAUCCGACCUCCCAUCCUCAUCCUCAGUGCCAGGAAGUGGCCGGGGCUCAGUGAGCCGCAGGUGUACCGGGAGUUUCAGAACCUCUGCAAGUUUGACGUCCGACGCCUCACCCGCAGUCAGUUCCUGCUCCUGACCAACAAGUUCAAGGAUGCUCGCAGUGUCCUGCGGGAAUACAGACACCACCCUGACUUCCAGGUGUCCCUCUACCGCUACUGGAAACAUUCUCCAAACAUCAACUGCUUGUUACAAGUCUGUGGCAUCGUCACCACGUGGGCCCUGGUGGCUUUUGUGCUGGGAAGACCCAACAGCUGA